GGGGCGCGGGUUCUGUGAGGUGAGCCGGGGCCUGGGCGGCGGCGGCGGCGGCGGGGCCACAGCAGGACCUGGCGCGGCGUCCGCGGCCUCCGGGGCGGGGGCUGUGGUCGCGAGGCCCCCUCCCCGGGGAGGCGGAGCCGGGUCGAGCCUGGGCGGCGGCGGCGCCGGCGGGGAACCAUGCAUCAGAAGCUGCUGAAGAGCGCGCAUUACAUCGAGCUGGGCAGCUACCAGUACUGGCCGGUCCUGGUGCCCCGCGGCAUCCGCCUCUACACCUACGAGCAGAUCCCCGUGUCCCUCAAGGACAACCCGUACAUCACCGACGGCUACCGGGCCUACCUGCCCUCCAGGCUGUGUAUCAAAAGUUUAUUUAUUUUAUCUAACGAAACAGUAAACAUCUGGAGUCAUUUGCUGGGUUUCUUUCUCUUCUUCACCCUGGGAAUAUAUGACAUGACAUCUGUGUUACCUUCUGCAAGUGCAUCCAGAGAAGAUUUUGUAAUUUGUUCUAUUUGUCUUUUCUGCUUCCAGGUCUGUAUGCUUUGUUCUGUGGGCUAUCAUCUUUUUUCCUGCCAUCGGUCAGAAAAAACCUGUCGAAGAUGGAUGGCAUUAGAUUAUGCCGGAAUUUCUAUUGGAAUACUGGGCUGCUAUGUCUCAGGAGUGUUUUAUGCAUUUUAUUGUAAUAAUUAUUGGCGCCAAGUGUAUUUGAUCACCGUGCUUGCUAUGAUCCUGGCAGUGUUCUUUGCACAGAUCCAUCCCAAUUAUCUUACACAGCAGUGGCAGAGACUCCGCUCUAUCAUUUUUUGCUCUGUUUCGGGAUAUGGCGUGAUCCCUACUCUUCACUGGGUUUGGCUUAAUGGAGGAAUUGGUGCACCUAUUGUUCAGGACUUUGCACCCCGUGUAAUUGUGAUGUAUGUGAUUGCUCUUCUUGCUUUCCUAUUCUACAUUUCCAAAGUCCCAGAAAGGUAUUUUCCAGGACAACUAAACUACCUCGGAUCAAGCCACCAAAUAUGGCAUAUCCUUGCAGUAGUGAUGUUAUAUUGGUGGCACCAGUCAACUGUGUAUGUCAUGCAGUACAGACAUAGCAAGCCUUGUCCUGACUAUAUUUCUCAUUUGUGAAUUCAGAGUCAGGAAUGAAGAAUCAGGGAUUAUCUCUCACAUCUUAUGGCAUCCCACAUGGACAAAGUAUCCAAUGUGAAGAUUGUGAUUGACUGGCAUAGAGCUGUACAACUCUCCAUUUGGCAGGUACCUACCAGAGAUACACUUUACACUCUAGUAAAUGUACAAGAGCAAAGCCUGAAUUUCUGGAUUCCUGCUGGUUGCUUAAAUGAGUAGAUUCACACCAACCCAAACAAUCCUUCAAAACAAAAGUUUUGAAAAAUACAUUUAAAUAUUAACUACAUUACACAUCUGCUUGAACUAAGCUUCCUUAAGAAGGAAGGCCAAGACAAGUAGCUCAGUUUGCACUAUAUUAUUUUCUAAAGGUUAGCUAUAACUGAAUUCCAACAGUUGCUACAUUGCAAAUUGUUCUAAUAGGCUGUAAUAAUUUAUGGUAUUUUGCUGUGUUGUACUAUAUAAUAUCCUUAUUUUUCUGUAUUACUUUAGGCAGAUGUUACUACUUUAAAAUGUUCAUUUGUAGUCAGAUGAAUCAUGUCCAUGACAGAAACUGUCAAAAGCCACCAACUUAUAGCCUCCAGUUUGUGGAAUGUAAAAUACUACAACCCUGACAGCAAGCUUAUUCCAUCAGCCUGGUAGAUAGGUUUCUCUUUAAUGUACAGUCUCUUUUCUGACAACAGUCAUAAGACUACUAUUUAAUUUGACUGAAGAUUUUUUAAGUUAAGAAUGUUAAUAGUCUUUUAAGAAUUCAAAAAAUACCUUAUAAAUGAUGUGAGAGCUAUGUCAAAUUAUUCAAUUAUUGGUCCUGUAUUAAGUGGUGUUCUUGCAAAAAAAAAAAUUAGGUCAAAAUAUGUUUUCUUAAAUCCUGCACCACGAAUCUUAAAACAGGAGUCUAACUUUAAUUUUUUUAUGCCACUAGCUGGUAAAAAAUAGAAGGAAGGAAGGAAAUGAAAGAACUGAAUAGAUUAUAUCCACUACAUUUAAUAAGAUAAUGAAAACUCCACAGUCACUGAUUAUAAAGAAUAGACAAUCCUUUUGGGAUUUAUUGCAUUUAAAGAAAGCAGAUUACUAAAACAGUAGGUAUGAUAAAUACAGUAAGAAAAUAAACUUCAAACAAGCUGAAUCAGGAACAGAAUUCAAUAAUAAUCAAUGUAAAGGCAAUAAAGUAAUAAAAUUAGUGCUUAGAUAUAUAGGGGGGAAAGCAACUGAUUCAGACCAGUUUCCCAGCAAUAGUUGAAGACUGAAGUUACUUUAGCACAUAUAUUUCAUAACAAUUAGGAAUAUAACAAAGAUGUAAAUCUGGUUUAUUUAAAGGGUAAAGUUAUUUGCUUAGUGGUACAUAAAAGGCUUCAGAAAAUUCAAGUUUAACACAAAAUGGAAGUGUAAUCAAAAAAAGUGCACUUAAAGCUGUUUUCCAGCAAUUAAAAAAGUAGCUUCUAUACUGCUAUUAGAUGACUUUUCAAUCACAAAAAAUAGCAGAAACAAUUCUUUCAAAAUCAGCACUAUAAAUUUUAAAAUAAAAAUAACCAAAAAUAACAAUCCUUUACAUUUUCAUCAACUUUCUUUUAGUGGUUUUUAUAAACCCUCUCCAGGAGUGAAUGUUAUUUUAGAUAUGAUUGUGAUUGCAAGUCCAUUAAAAAAAUUCACAUUAACUCCACAGUAGAGAGAUGUGAUGUGCAUGCAUGUGUCUAUUAUAGAGUUGUGUCUUAAUAUAUAAAACACCACUGAGUAUAAAAGUUUUCAAAUAAACUAUCAUUUAUGUUAAUUCUCACAGUAGAUAUAUCAUCUCAUUCUCACAGUAAUUGGACCUAACAUAAUAAGUAGAGUUACUAAAAAAGAAAAAGUUCACUGCACAUUCUACACAUAUUAAAACAAAUGUACCCAAACUCUUCAGAAUACUAGUGAUUUUAACAUACUUGUACCUUCUAACAGUGCUUAUGUGAAGUACCAAAACCUAAAAGAAACCCAGCCAGGCAGCUGAGUGGUCAGAAAACUGCUCUGCAUAAGGAUCAGAAGCAUAGAAGAGUGGGCCCCACCUUAGUAUUUUCCACCAGCAAGAUAAGAACAAGUCUAUAAACAAUAGGAUCAAAAGGUGCAUAUACCUGCAGAUCAGAUGUCAUAACUAUGCCCAAAUACACACAUACUCAGGGUUGGCAAAGGUUACACUUCUGAAUAAAUACUAGUCAGUUACAACUUUUCCUCCUUGACCUAUUAUAUAUACACCAAGCAAUUUUUGUGUCCUAGCAUAUACAUUCUUUGAUGCUAUGAAAGCUGAUCUUUUAAAUACUAACAUUUUACUAAAGUAAUGAAAGUUGAGCAAAUGGUCCACUUUUUUAAAAAAAAGAUAAUUCAAAAUGAAUACUAUUAAAGCUGUUAGAAAACAACUUUGGCCUCAGUUUUACUAGCUUCAUGUUACUUCCUUAGUGAUGUUCAAGUAUAGCAGGUUUAGAGUUAUGACUACAUCCCACCCUUAGAAGCACAGAGCACACCCAAAUAAUGAUAGAAAUUAAUUUUUUCACAUUUCUUCUUAAACCAGAAUUGGACCAUUCCAUAACAGAACCACGGAGUGCUCUGUGUGGGAUAUACUUUCUUCACUUGCCAUGGGAAUUUAAUUCUCAUAAGGAAAUUAAAAGGCAACAGUUGUAGGGAGUGGCCUACAUCUGACUAUGCUAGUGUGGAGGUGAUGAAUAAAAAUAAAAAGUAAAAUCUCUACACCUUGACAAGAUGCCUAUAACUUUUACCACAAGGAAUUUUCCCAAUUUUUGUCCCAUUGGAUCUCCAGUUAACUCCUAAAACUUUGGGCUACCAUCUUGAGAGGAAAUGCUAUGCUAUCAUAAAGAGAAAAAACAAACAUGUUUUAAGCUGAGAAUACUUUGUUUAUCCAAUAUUUUGUCUGAAGUAUUUAAAAUUAUUCAGUGUGUUGAAGAGCAAGUAAAAUAAUGUAUUUCAUAUUUAGAUUCCAAGAAGUUCACAAUUUAGAUUCCAAGAAGUUCACAUUAAUUCAUCUAUCUAAAAGAUGAAAUCAUGAAGCUUAGCAAGGACUAUAAUUCUGAUGUGUACUUCUUAACCAACAGAUUCCCAUUUUUUUCAGUUCUAUUUGAGAGAAUCCUAUUGUAGGUCAUCAGUUUACUAUGUAUAAUCAACUCUUCACUUAAACCUAUUUUAAAAGAUUAAAAGAAAACCUACUUAGGCAUUUGCAUUAGCAGUAUUAAUCAACCUGAGAAUAAAUAAAAAGGUGCAAACUUAUUUCCCUUUGGCAUAAGGACAGUUAUUGGUGUAGUCCACUCUAAAGCGCUGUAAGUAGUGAUACAUAAUGCUUGAUCUGCCUCUGCUACAUUGUGAUUCACACAGUUUAGCUAUCCUGUACUAUCUGACAUAGCAUACAGAAAAACAAAACAAAACAUGAGUAUGUAGUCAGUUACAUAUAGUUUGCAAAAACCCAACGAGGGCACUAUAAUUAAGAGAUACUAUUACUCAUAAAAUAUUCUUUAAUCGGGUGUAGAGAAUUAAAAAUGUAGCAAUCAGGAGAAUGCCAGACUAUAGUUUCCACUCCUGUUUGUAAAUAGCUUUAACAGUUCAAGAAACUUCAAAUAUUAGUCUACAGGGAAAAA